CUAAUCUCAUCAAAUCUGGCCAACAUGUCUCGCUCCAUCGUGCUAGCGGCCCUAGGAAACUAUAGUUACCCACUCACCCGCCAUUCAGUAAAUCAAUUUCACUCUUUCCACUCUAAUUCCUUCUCGGAUUAAACGGGCAUAUUGAACUCCCAUCGAUCACCGUCAUAUAUGUUGUGCCCAAAGGCUGGUCUGCGGAUUGGAUACCCGAUUUUCGAUCAGUUUCAAAUCAACUCAAUUAAGAUCAUUCCUGCUGACCGAUACCUCUCAUCCAUAUUUCAACUGUUCUUUGUUUGUUUCAAUGGUACUUGCAUCUAAACUCGAAGAUCGCUCAAGUGGUUACACAUAAUCUUCAUAAUCUACUCAAUGAGUUUCAUAGUACUGGAAUCGAUCCAGGUCUCAAACCUUUCGAGUUAUCUGUCCCGAUCAAACCAGACUCACGAAGCUUUUCUCUGAGGUCGGCCCAAGAACAUGGCCAGUUUACACACGAUUUGAAACUGUCCAAACCACAACAUCUAUGGAUCUCUCGCCAUAAAUUCCAUCGGACUCGGACGCCUUUUAGUGUCAUGAAAGGAUCCCCUGAGAGUGAAGCACCGGCUAUAAGGGACGAGUUAACACUACAUCUCAUCAAACCUCGAGCACUGAUGAACGUUCUUGGACCUUUUGUUCAUGAUUAUCAUUCCAACGUAUUUCGAUCACAACCAGAUACCAAACUAAUACUCCUUCAUGACGACCUUGAUCUUCAACCACUAGCUGUUAGACGAAGAAGUCCACACAAAUCCCUCAAGCCUUAUGGACAUAACGGUCUACGCUCUGUGCUUUCAGCUGUACCUUCUCCGCGUCAUAAAUUAAUCCAUACCAUUGGUAUUGGAAUCGGACGAGAUCCAGAUAAUACGAGUAAGGAUAGUAGUGCAGUUGGAAAUUGGGUGAUGAGCCCAUUGAAACGUGCCGAGAUUGAAGCUUGUAGUUGGGUAUCUGAAGAUAGUCAGAAUGCAAGCCCUCAUUAUGGUACUGUGGUGAAAGAGGUCUGGGAUAAUGUACGGAAUUUGAUGCGGAUGCCAUGAGAUUGGUGUACUUAUCAGGUUGAACCCUUUUAAUACGGUGAUAUCUGAAAUUGAUGAUUUUGUAUAUUUCCCGAGGGUUUACAAAGUUUUUGAGUUUCAAGGCAAUUAUCAUCAUGUUACGGGAAGCACAUACAUGAACUGCACUGCAGACUUGUAAUUGAGAAUCAU